AUAAUAUUGCGUUCGGCUGCGUGGGCGCCGGUGGCCGCCACCAAGAACCGGACGUGGUCUUUGGUUUUUGGGGGCCCUGUCGGUAAUGAAAGCUGCGCGUACGAAUGGAAAAAAGAAGGGCUCGUCCAGUGGUCCACAGUGCGUGCGACUAUCUGCGGUGGCUUUAGUCUUGUCCUGGGCGGGGUUGUUGUUUUAUGUACUGCGGCCGGCAUCAUCCGAUGGGCCUUCGGGCCAUAGUUUGAUGUCAAGCGCCAAGAUGGAUCAGCUUGGACUCAGCAAUGGUAAAGAGAUCACGACUUUCGUCGGGCAGUUCGAUUCAGCUGCAGAGUAUACUUUUUCAAAGCCUCUUGGAGCAUUCGACCAAGGAGAAAGAGGCUUGCCCCAGCCCAAAGACGACCCGGAAGAGAACUUGGAUGUUCAGAUGCAGCAUACUGUUCUCAUGGAGCGGGAUGGAUUCGCCAUGGAGUUAGAUGAGCAAACGAACCUACAGGUACCCAUGUUUUGGGAACCCCCCGCGGGUUCGGAGCAGUUGGACCACGUGGACAUGAUUGACGGGCAGCCAACUAUCUUCCUCAUGAUCGCGAGUUAUAGGGACUGGCAGUGUCGGGAUACGGCUACAUCCGCGCUCGAGCGAGCGACAUUUCCUGGGCGUGUUGUUGUGGCCGCAGUACAGCAAAAUCGACCGGGUGAUGUUGGGUGCGGAGAGCCACCAAAGCCGUGCAGCGAGGAGCCAUCGCAGCCACUUUGUGCUCGGGCCAAACAGGUCAAAGUGUAUGCUAUGGAUGCCAAUGAGUCCUGGAUACAUGCAAAACCAAACACCAGUGCUGAUAUUCUCAUCAACUAAUUCCCUGGAAGAAUGGACCUCGUUCCUGUUUGUAUGCUAGAGCUGUGUGAUAUGACUUGUAACUUAGGCAACGGGACCUGUGUAUGCGCGGCAUGUGGGUUAUCGCAUGUACCGAGGUGAGGCGUUCGCUCUGCAGGUGGAUGCGCAUUGCGUAUUCGUAAACGGCUGGGACGAGAGUAUCAUCGAACAAUGGCGCCUGACACGAAAUGAAAUGGCAGUCCUUUCUACAUACUUAACUGACCUGAAGGGCUCCGUAUCCACGGAGGGUGACUCUCUGCGAAAAACUCGACCAAUCAUGUGCAACUCAGACUUUGAGGGUCAGCCCGGAUAUCUUCGCCAUGGGUCACAGCCUGAAUCGGUGCCCUCGAUCAAGACCGAGCCGAUGCUGCAACCAUAUUGGGCGGCAGGCUUCAGCUUUGCUCGUGGACACUUCCUCAAUCAGGUGAGAUACGA